AAAAGGGUCCCGCUGCAAAAUAGAUUCGUUCAGAACGAGAAUCCAAAGAAUUCACUAAGGCAUCAAUAUGGUUCACUGGACAGACCACGAGCGCCAUGUCAUCGCUGACAUUUGGGGAAAGGUCAACCCUGAUGAAAUCGGACCACAGGCUCUGGCCAGACUUCUGAUUGUGUAUCCAUGGACCCAGAGGUACUUCGCUUCCUUUGGUAAUCUGUCCAAUGCCGCAGCCAUCUUAGGAAACCCCAAAGUGGCUGCCCAUGGAAAGGUGGUUGUUGGUGGUCUGGAAAAAGCUGUCAAACAUUUGGACACCGUUAAGGGUAUCUAUACUAAACUGAGUGAGCUUCACUCUGAGAAACUGCAUGUGGAUCCCAGCAACUUCACGCUUCUUGCUGACUGCCUCACUAUUACUCUUGCCGCAAAGUUCGGACCCUCCGUCUUCACACCUGACGUGCAUGAGGUUUGGCAGAAGUUCCUGAAUGUUGUCGUUGCGGCUCUGUGCAAGCAGUACCACUAAGCAAACAGCAGAAUAUAAAAAUGUCCAGAUCUUUUGCUCUGACAAGAACAUGAAAUAAAAUCAAAUCAAAUCACAA